GUUCACGUCGAGGUCUCAUUGGCAGAGAAAGUCACAGAUCGUUCGGUGCUGUUUAUAAUCUGGUAGCGGUCUACUUUUUAAAGUUUUUAAACACAGAAAACUCGCAACUCAAUUGACAAUGUCUUUUAACAAGGGUCCUUCCUUCGGAUUAUCAGCGGAAAUAAAAAACAAGAUUGCGCAGAAGUAUGACUCUCAGAAAGAGGACGAGCUGAGGGUUUGGAUCGAAGAGCUCACAGGCGCAUCCAUCGGCUCCGACUUCCAGAAAGGCCUGAAGAGUGGAGUCAUUUUAUGCACCCUCAUCAACCAUCUUGCCCCAGGCUCUGUGAAAAAGAUCAACCAAUCGGCGCUGAACUGGCAUCAGCUGGAGAAUUUGACUAACUUCAUCAAAGCCGCCACGAACUUUGGCCUGAAGCCUCACGACAACUUUGAAGCCAACGACCUGUUUGAGAACGGCAACAUGACGCAGGUCCAGACGUCUCUGCUCGCCCUCGCUAGCAUGGCCAAGACCCGCGGCUGCCACUCCCGGGUGGACAUCGGGGUGAAGUACGCCGACAAGCAGGAGAGGAUGUUUGAUGAAGAGAAGAUGAAGGCUGGCCAGUGUGUCAUUGGCCUUCAGAUGGGGACCAACAAGUGCGCCAGCCAGGCAGGAAUGAACGCAUACGGCACCAGGAGGCACUUGUAUGACCCCAAAGUUCAAAUCCAGCCACCCAUGGACAACACCACCAUCAGCCUGCAGAUGGGGACCAACAAGGGGGCGAGCCAGGCCGGGAUGACGGCUCCUGGGACGAGACGUGCCAUUUAUGACCAGAAGCUGGGCACAGACAAGUGUGACAACAGCACCAUGUCCCUGCAGAUGGGCUACAGCCAGGGAGCCAACCAGAGCGGACAGAACUUCGGCUUGGGUCGGCAGAUCUAUGACGCCAAGUACUGCCCCAAAGCGGGAGAGGUUGCGGAGGAUCAAAACGGGGCAGGAGUCGUACCUGACUAUAUCCCGGAUUUCCAAGACGAGGGUUACCAAGGUUACCAGGAAGAAGAGCAGGUGUACAGAGAAGAGGGGACUGAUUACUAGAAGGAAUGACGGAUGUCUGUCCACACGAGGAAAGUCCCGCAGAGAGGGAACCCUCGGGCGUGUUUUUUUUUUUAUUAGAAAUUGUUUUGUCAUCGCUAGUUGUGCGAAACAAUUUUACACAUAUCAUGAUGGACUGUAGUUCUGUUUUUGUUAUUUAAAGUGACCACAAAAGCCAAUAUUUUUGGCAUGGCUAGUUUUUCUAUCCCAGGGAUUGUUAUAAAUGUGCCAAAGCCCUAGUAUUCGCCCUUCCUUUUUUAUUUUACUGACUCAUUACUUGCAUAAAAGGAGAUGCAUUACUUUUUGUGACCGUAGGGAGUUUUUUAUUUUUAUUUUUUUUAUCGACACCUGCAUGUUUUUAUCUAAUCGCUGUAUGUAUAUGAUUCCUGUGAAUAAUAACGUAAACCGUUACUUCAGUAUCCUCUUCAUCCCCUCAGUAUUAGUCCUUGACUUACAGUAGUGAGCCCUUUUGUUUGUUCAGAAGGAUGAGGGAACACUUAUUUUGUCUUACUCGCUACUUUAAAAACAAAUGUUUUUUUUAAUGGAGGAAAUAUUUCCUUUGUUUGCAUAACCAGUUCAACUGUCGUUAAGAUCUGUUGUUGGACUGAAGAUGGUGGGGGAAGGGGGUUAAAAUAACACGCGCGUAGUCUUCAACAUUCCAAGCAAGAAUACUGGAUUAUUUUUCUCUUGAGUGUCUUAAAUAUUGGUUGAAAUGCAAACCAAUCACACCAUUAUGUGAUCACUUUGGGAUUUGAACGGGGUUGUUUUGUAACUUGACUGGUAUUUUUUUUUUAUGUGACUAUGGUGUAAUAAAGCUGUGUAUUCCUUA